AUGCCUCUCGUUGUGUCAAACGUCAGCAAUGACCAGCAAGCAGACUGGUCAACAAAACUGCUCGGCAAGAAGCUAACGCAAUCAACAUCAGACACAGUGUCAUUCGCAAAGAAAGAUCUGCCCCCUUCCCACCGUGUGGUUGAACCGGGAAUGAUGAUGACGAUGGAUCAUAAACCAGAGAGGUUGAAUAUACAUGUCAACGAGGACGGAACGGUAACGAAGGUGAACUACGGCUAA